UAUAUAUCCAAAAACGGGAACCAGAAAGGCGAGAAAAUGGUAAAGCAGCAAAAGCGAAGAAGAAGCUAAAAACAGAGCGAAAGCAGAGUGGAAAAAGGGGAAAAAGGUUUUUUUUUCUGAUCAGAUCCACCGCCGCGUCACUCGCCUGAAACCGGGAUACUCAUUCGUUUCCCUGAGAUAGGAUAGAAAGAAAUGAGCGGCAACGUAAGGAGGAAGACGAGCGCGGCGGCGAUGGCGGAGGAGGAAGAAGAGGAAGUGAUUGCUACUUCGUCUUCCUGCUGCUGCGGCGGCGGCGAUGGAAGGAGGAAGGAGAAGGAGAGGAGGCUGGUGAAAUUCAAUGACCUGCCGGAGUAUUUGAAAGACAACGAGUUCAUCCUCGACCAUUACCGGUCGGAAUGGCCGCUCCGGGACGCGCUGUGGAGCGUCUUCUCCUGGCACAACGAAACCCUCAACAUCUGGACGCAUUUGGGAGGGUUCUUGAUCUUUGCUGGACUGACGGUGAUGAGCUUCAUGGGGAAAUUGGACGAGCUAGGAGGAUUCCUCACCGAUUUAUCGAGAGGUCAAGCCUCUGGACCGUUGAUGGCAAUGAUAAUGAAGAACAAUGGCAGUGAUUUCAACGUCUCUGAUAACAGCUUGGUUCCUGACCACCAUCUCCGGCGAAUCCCGGAGCUGGAAACCGGCUCGGAACCCAUCGCACAGUGGCCGUGGUUCGUCUACUUAGCCGGAGCAAUGACCUGCCUAACCUGCAGCUCGCUCUCCCACCUCCUCGCCUGCCACUCCAAGGCCUUCAACCUCUUCUUCUGGCGGCUCGACUACGCCGGAAUCUCCGUCAUGAUCGUCUCCUCAUUCUACGCACCCAUCUACUACAUCUUCCACUGCAACCCGAUCUCCCGCUUCCUCUACCUCACCUCCAUCACCGUCCUCGGCGCGAUGGCCAUCGUCACCCUGCUCUCCCCCCAGCUCUCGGCUCCCCGGUACCGCAAGUUCCGGGCCACCUUGUUCCUCGCCAUGGGGUUCUCCGGGACCGUGCCGGCGGUCCACGGCGUGUGCAUCCACUGGGGCCACCCGCACGUGUUCGUCUCGGUCCUGCUCGAGGUGAUCAUGGCGGUUCUGUAUGGCGCCGGAGCUGGGUUCUACGUCGGGAGGAUACCGGAGCGCUGGUGGCCCGGCAUGUUCGAUAUUGCUGGACAGAGCCACCAGAUCUUCCAUGUGUUUGUGGUUAUGGCUGCUGUGGCUCAUAGCCUUGCGACGGUUAUCAUCAUGCAUUUCCGGCAGGGGACGCCUUCAUGUUAAGAGGGAAAAUGUUUGCAGUAACUGUUUGUCUGUAACUGUUUGUAUUGGUAAUGUUAUCUGACACUAAAGCUCAGUAGUAGUAGAGCUAGGAAUGACAAUUCGGUUUAGUGCGAGAUGCAUAUCUGAACAUUCAUACUCAUUCUACAUCAUCCGAUAAAAAAAGGUUUCUUCAGCAAAUGAAGAAAGAAUAAAAGAUGGAGGUAACCCAAAAAGAAGUAAACAAAAACGAACGAACAUAUGCCGAAAAGUUGUCAAUGAAACGAUACCAGGGAUUAUCUGCAGCAGCAAAACCUGCCUGCCGGCGGUGAGUGAAAUGCUCGUCGCCCAUCUUCUUUGCCAGAAUGCUGCUAUUCUAGGCUUGUUUCUCUUCCCGACUGGUUACUGCAUUUGCACCCCUCUCCUUCCCUUCCGUCGCUCAGACAUAUCAACCUGACAAUCUACAAAAUGGAUCAAGGGUUUCGUGGUUGUUCCGAAUUCGGAUCCCUUCCCUUCAACUUGAAACUUCGACAACAGCCUCGGCUUCUCUGUCACUGUAAUCAGCCCACGACUUGCCCCGGUUUCUCCUGGACGAUCGGAUUCACUGUGAUGUCAGCAGGAGGGGAAGCUGAAUUAGCCGACUUUUCUUCUUCCUCUGGGGAAGCAUUCUCAGCCACCGCCUCAUUGUGAUCACGAUUCUCUGCUUCUGCUUCUUGAGAUGAACUCUCGACACUAUCGUUCUUCUCCGCCGGGGUUUCAGUUUGUCCUUUUUCAGCAGUGGCAGUGGCUUCUACCGGACUAACAGGAG